AUGGAGGUGGAAAAGGUUUACAGGAUAGUUAAUACCCUGUUCCCUUCUCAGGGACGAGGGUCUCCCUGCUACUCGGGGCGCGGUCCCGUAAAGUCGGGUGUUCGAGGUGACAGCGGAGGAGCUCUGCUCUCUAGUCAGGAAGAUAGCUGGGCGUCGCACUGCCCCCGGCCCGGACGGUUUGCCCUGCGCGGUUUGGGCCCGGGUGUGCACCAAGGCUCCGGAACACGUCCUUGGUGCUUCAAUCGGUGCCUCAGGAAGAGCGUCUUUCCCGACGCGUGGAAGCGUGCCAGGCUGAUGCUCAUCCCAAAGCCAGCUGCACCAAGCAGCGGCCCGCCGUCCUUCAGGCCGAUUUGCCUGUUGGACGAGCUUGGCAAGCUGUUCAAGCGGGCAGUUGGGGACCUUGAGAGGUGGCGCACCUUUCUCGCUUUUUGUAAGAAGGUGCAACAUGUUAAGAAGGACGCGGAACGUCUUCUUCAGGGUCAGCCUCUGGUCCGGAUUGGGACUAGGGACCAAGUUCCCUAG